GAGCGGGGCGCAAAGCCAGAGGCGCCGGCACCCCCGGGGCUGGCCGGUCCGGUGGGCUUUGCCUCGCUCACUCCUCCGUCCGGGCUGCAGAAGGCGCCGAGGCUGAGGCGCUUGGGCUCCACGCAGAGCGCUUGGCAGGCAGAGAGGGAGCUUGGCUGCUGGAGAAUGGCAGCAGGAUUUAACUAGGAGGGCACAGCUAAGCGGGAGAGGAAAUACAGGCGUCUGGGACCCCACUGGAGACAGGAGAGGCUUCUCAGCGCUGCUGCCCAUCCUGUGAAGCGACAUGAGUCUCAAAGGAUCCCUCAGUAGCAGCCCUGGCUCAGCAAAUGGCAGCAUGGGCAAAGCAGAUGGAGCCUCCAAGCUGAGCGCAAAGGACCUGUAUGAGCAAAGGAAGAAAUACUCCAAUUCCAACGUCAUUAUGCAUGAGACUUCACAGUACCAUGUACAGCACUUGGCCACCUUCAUCAUGGACAAGAGUGAAUCCAUUGUGACAGUGGAUGACGCAAUUCGAAAACUCAUGUUGCUCAAUUCAAAAGAGAAGAUCUGGACCCAGGAGAUGCUGCUGCAAGUGAACGACAAGUCCAUCCGCCUGCUGGAUUGCGAGUCGCAGGAGGAGCUGGAGGAAUUCCCUCUGCCAACAGUCCAGCACUGCCAAACAGUGCUGAAUCAGAUGCGCUAUUCCUCCAUCCUCCUCCUUGUGUGCCAGGAUUCAGAGCAGCACAAACCGGACAUUCACUUCUUCAACUGCGAUGAGGUGGAGGCGGAGAUGGUUCAUGAGGACAUAGAAAGUGCCCUGGCAGACCACAAGCAUGGAAAGAAGAUACGGCCACAGACGCUCAAAGUAAACCAAGAAAAGAUAAAGCAGAGACAGUCUAUCCUGCCACCGCCUCAAGGGCCGGCUCCCGUCCCUAUCCAGCACGAUAUGCGAGGCUCAUCAAUGAACCGGAACCGGGUGGCACCUCCUUCCCAGCAUGAUCCAGCAGACUAUGAACGACGAGGCUCCAGCUCCCAGGACCAUGAAGAGUCCCGAGCCAUCUUAGCACAGAAAAUUGAAAAAGAAACGCAAACUCUGAACUGCACUCUGGAUGACAUUGAAGUGUUCGUCGCCAGGCUUCAGAAGGCUGCAGAGGCAUUCAAACAGCUCAACCAAAGGAAGAAAGGGAAGAAAAAUAAGAAGAAAGGGCCAGCAGAGGGAGUACUGACUCUUCGAGCAAGACCCCCAAGCGAGGCUGAGUUCAUCGACUGCUUCCAGAAAACCAAACUGGCUUUUAACCUCUUGGCCAAACUGAGAAAGCACAUCCAGAACCCAAGUGCUUCAGAGUUGGUACAUUUCCUGUUUGGGCCACUGGAACUGAUUGUCAAUAGCUGUGGUGGCCCUGAGCUUGCCAGGUCUGUCCUCAGUCCACUUCUUUCUAAAGAUGCCACAGAUUUCCUCAGAGGACAUCUGACACCAAAAGAGAUGAGCCUGUGGGACUCCCUUGGAGAGACAUGGACCAGAUCCAGAGCUGAAUGGCCUCGAGAAGCAAACAUCCCAAGCUACAUUCCUAAAUUCCGCAACGGGUGGGAACCACCCAUGGAAAUUUUCCGUGGAGCUCCCUGGGAAAUAGACAUCGGACACUUGCAAGAAGAGCUGUCAUCAGCCAAUGGAUAUCCUUACCGUAACUCCUCACUCAAGCGUAGCCAGACAGCUGAUCAGACACAAGCUGUGGAUGCCUUUAAGCAGAACGUAACUCAACAUGUAAAUAGGAAUUUUGAGGCACAAGGAAUGGCCCCACCGAAAAGAUAUGCCAAAAUCCGCUACGAUUUCACUGCACGAAAUGCCAAUGAACUCUCAGUGCUUAAGGAUGAAAUCUUAGAGGUGUUGGAAGAUAAUAAGCAGUGGUGGAAGUUGCUCAACCGGAGUGGGCAGGCUGGUUACGUCCCUUAUAAUAUACUGGAUGUGGUGAAACUGGAAGAGCUCGAACAGUCUAAUCAGAGGUACAAAGGAGAUCUGAGCCCCAGAGGAUACGGACCAUCCAGCCCAACUCACAAGCUACCUGCCAGCUAUGCUGGUGAUAAAUGGGGAAGUGAAAUGUUAGCACGCAACUCUCCCCAGGAUGCCAAAGAACAACUCAUGCAUCAAAUGGAUGAGCUGAAUGACGAGUUGCUAAAGAAGAUCACAAACAGUAAAAUUCAGCCUCCCCAGAGGAAUUUCAAAGUGGAAAAACAUCAGCAAGUUCUUGUGCCCCUUACCUUUGAAUCCAGUGCUGAAGAAGUCAAAGCUUGGCUGGAGGCCAAGUCAUUCAGCAAAGGGACAGUGGAUCACCUUGGCAUCCUUACUGGAGCUCAGCUUUUCUCCCUGAACAGAGAUGAGCUAAAGAAAGUGUGUGGUGACGAGGGAAAUAGAGUAUACAGUAAAAUCACAGUAGAGAAAAACCAACUAGAGAAAAACAGAGGGGAGUCAGAGCUCCAAGAAAUUAUGAAGCGUCGCCAGGAGAGGAUUGAUUCUGCUAAUUAAAAUCCUAUCUGCUUUUUUCAGCUAUUAGUCAUAGUAGUACAGAAAAAGGGAAUGAAAGCAAUGAUCCUCAGUCCAGACAAAAGGCAGAAGCACUCCACACAUAGUAGUGUAAUUGCCAUUGAAGUGACAAUUCCUUGAAUACUGUUGGUAAGGAUAGGCACUACGACUAUGUCCCAUUGGGAAAGCUGUUUUAGUAUUGCAUGAAGUAUUUUUUAUAUAUAUAUCUAUAUAUUUUAUAUUACAAUUUUAUGUGCAUGCAGUCAGAGCAGACCAGAAUUCAUACAAAUGUGAAUGUACAACAACGGCUGGAUUCAAGCAAAAAGGACCCUGCAAAGCUUUUAACAUAGCAUUAUAUGUGCUCACAACUCCAUUCCUCAGCAUUACUCUGGAAGAGAGAGCAUAGCACACUGCACAGAACAAGCCAGCCUGAAUGUUUAUAGUCUGGACCAUGGAAACAGGUCUUUUUUUUCCCCCUCACCUUUCAUUUUCUUCUGUGUGGUAGAUAUCUCUAGUAUCCCACUAGCAAAGGCUGGUGAUAGUUUGCUGCCCUUCUACUGUCCUCCCAUGCCCUCUUGUUAGAUGAGUUUAGAAUUGCAACACACAUUAUCUAAGACAAGCUGCUUCUUUAAAUACAUGUAUCAGUUACUGUUGUCUUUGAGCAGCAGAAGUGGGGUUUCAUUGCAUAAUAAAGAGUAGGAUCUGAGCAAGGACUGAAAUAAAUGAUUUCAGUCUGCAAAUAGGUGAGCUCAGUCUGAUCAUCCCUGCUUACGCAGAGGCCAGCAGCAGCUCAGGCUCAGAGCAGCUGUGCGGCAGCUUGCCUUGGCACUGAUCCUGUAUCAGAAAGCUGCAGAAUUGCCAAAGGCAGGCCUCUAACUGUGAGACGGUAAGUCCCUACCAUUUGUUCCCACUUUUAGUCACACCCAAAGCCACUCCCAGCGUGUUCACAAUUCAUACUCACCUUCACACUUGAAUCGCAAAGAGCACUGUGAGGGGCUUCCUAAACAUCUAAGAAACUAAAUAGCACUUGGAAUGGCCAUUUUAAUACAAAAUAAACAGCUACAUUACAAACAUGGAAAAUAUCAUUUAACUUAGUAUAUGCUGUUGUUCCUCACUUCCUGUUUUUCUUCAAAAUGUUAUAUGCAUGUGUAUAUAUCUAUCUAGUAUAAUAUCCCUUUGGACUCUUACAAUCUAUAAAUAGAGAUGAGAAAAAACUCCCUAACAAGCAACUGUGCAUAGGUCAUUUAUGUAAAUUUUUAAAAGCUUAAGCAAGCAUAUAGUAGAUUUCUUGUCCACAUCAACAUUGGCGUUCACUGUAUUUACAUAGUAUCUAUAUUUUCCUUAUGAACUCACUUGAGAAGAGCACAGCAAAGUAAAUACAUUUAUAAGACCCACUCAAAACUGCAAAGUCUUCGUCUUUCUAGUUCACAUGUUAAUUUCAAUGGAAAUUCUGGCUCAGAUUCUACAAAGACUUACACAGACUUUCCUUACAUGCUGUGAAUGGCACCUCUGUUGGAGAACACAGUCACCCCCUUGAAAAGUUAAGUAUUUGCCUAAAUUUUUGCAUGACCAAGGAGAGUGCUUGUACAUUUAAUGAAUAAAGCUGUGCAACUCUAAAGCAGUGGCUGGGGAACAGGUGCUUUAAUUAGAGAACACCUGUUCUCUAAGAAGCAUCUCUUGAUUUUGGUCUGAUCUUCCAAAAAUAUUUCUAAUGGAUAAUGUAUUUUCUUAAGCUUUAAGAAAAACAUUUCACCAGCAGAAUUAGGGUACAGAAAGGGAACUUGUAGAAGAGGAUCAUGUUUUUAGUCACAUCCCUGUUGGCUUGCCACAGAGGCUGGAAUUUGCAAAGGACACUGAUGUUGCUCAGGGACAAAUGAAGAGGACAAUCCUCCUGAAAAACCCUGGCUCUGGAUUGGGGUAGAGAGGGGAAGCAGAUGAGAACACUGGGAAAUCAUUGGUGUUAUAAGCACAGGAGGCUAAAUCAUUUCUAAAAUUAAAGUAAAUAGUGAGCUAGGAAGUACGGUGAGCUAGGAAGUAUGACACCAUUUUUGUAUUUGUGUAUAAAGGAAAAUAAAUCAUACAGAAUUACAGCUAUUCGGGAUUAUAAUAGCAGCAUAUAUGACAGUUCUAUAAAGCUGGAAGCCACAGGAGCAUUUCAUAAAAUAAAAAUGUAAGAAAUCUUA